AUGAGUGUUGACGCUUAUGGACCGAGCUCACAAACACUCACGUUUUUGGAUACUGAGGAAGCGGAUCUUAUUGGGGCUGAUACUCAGGGCUCUGAAUUCGAAUUCACCGACUUCACCCUUCCAUCUCAGAGCCAAACACAGGCCUCCCAACAUGAUCAUGGCUUGUCAUCUUCAAAUCAGGUGAACGGUUUGGGUCGUUCAGAUUUGUCAUCGAAAGUGUCCAAUGUGACUAAUGCUAUAGCAGAGUUGCAAUUUGAGGAAGAAGAUGAGGCCUUGUACAGCAAGGAGUUGCCUGACCACGCGUGCAAGUACUGUGGCAUACAUGACCCGGCUACUGUUGUCAUGUGUAAUAUUUGCAACAAGUGGUUCUGCAAUGGUCGAGGUAACACCUCUGGCUCACACAUCAUCAACCACUUGGUCCGUGCCAAGCACAAGGAAGCUGCCUUGCAUAGAGAUGGCCCACUCGGGGAGACUUUGCUGGAAUGCUACUCAUGCGGUGCCAGGAAUGUAUUCGUUCUUGGCUUUAUACCAGCUAAGGCGGAUUCCGUUGUUGUAUUGCUGUGCCGACAACCAUGUGCAGCUCAAAGCUCCUUGAAGGACAUGAACUGGGACCAAGAGCAAUGGAAACCAUUGAUCUCUGACCGAGCCUUUCUCUCUUGGCUGGUGAAAGUCCCUUCUGAGGCAGAGCAGAUGAGAGCUCGCCAGGUGACUCCGCAGCAAAUAGGACGCCUCGAAGAGCUGUGGCGUGACAAUGUGGAUGCUACCUUCCAAGAUUUGGAGAAGCCUGGUGUAGAUGAGGAGCCUCAUCAAGUACUUUUGAGAUAUGAAGAUGGGUAUCAAUACCAGAACAUCUUUGGUCCGCUGGUGAAGCUAGAAGCUGAUUAUGAUAAGAGACUAAAGGAGUCUCAGACUCAGGAAGGCAUUGAGGUGCGCUGGGAUGUGGGACUUAAUAAGAAAACAAUUGCUUACUUCACCCUGGCUAAGACAGAUAGUGAUAUGAAGUUGAUGCAUGGAGAUGAGCUUAGAUUAAGAUAUGUAGGUGAGCUACAUAAAGCGUGGUCAGGUGUUGGCCACGUGAUCAAGGUGCCGGACAACUAUGGCGAUGACGUCGGCCUUGAACUGAAGAGCGGCGCCGGCGCACCGCUCGAUUGCACUUCCAACUUUGUUGUAGACUUCAUCUGGAAAAGUACUUCUUUUGACAGGAUGCAACUCGCUUUGCGUAAGUUCGCUGUGGAUGACUCCUCUGUGUCUGGCUACAUAUAUCGUCGCCUGCUAGGACACGAAGUGGAGGAGGUUUUGUUCCGCGUUCACUUGCCGAAGCACUUCAGUGCUCCCAACUUGCCUGACCUUAAUCGUUCUCAGGUCUAUGCAGUUAAGCAUGCGCUACAGCGUCCACUAUCCCUAAUUCAAGGCCCGCCAGGUACGGGAAAAACCGUGACGUCUGCCACGAUUGUAUACCAACUGGUGAGACAGAACAGUGGCCCGGUACUCGUCUGCGCUCCGUCCAACACCGCUGUCGACCAGCUCACUGAGAAGAUCCACAGAACUGGCCUCAAAGUCGUCAGACUUUGCGCCAAGUCUCGAGAAGCUAUGGAGUCGUCGGUGUCAUUUUUGGCGCUCCACGAGCAAGCUAGGGCUUUAGGCUCCGCUGACAGCGAGCUCAGGAAGUUGACUAGAUUGAAGGAAGAAGCUGGAGAGCUGUCUGCAGCCGACGAGAGGAGAUACCGCGCACUGCGCCGCGCUGCUGAGCGACGUCUGCUGGAUGCCGCCGACGUCGUCUGCACCACGUGUGUGGGUGCAGGCGACCCGAGAGUCGCACGCAUGCGCUUCCAGUCCAUACUCAUAGACGAGGGCAUGCAGUCCACCGAGCCCGAGUGUAUGGUGCCCGUAGUACUGGGCGCCCGACAACUGAUCCUCGUGGGAGACCACUGCCAGCUGGGUCCUGUGGUCAUGUGCAAGAAAGCAGCCAAAGCUGGCCUCAGCCAAAGUCUUUUUGAACGUUUAGUCGUCCUGGGUAUCCGUCCAUUCCGUCUUGAAGUCCAAUAUCGGAUGCAUCCUGAACUGUCACGUUUCCCUUCUGAUUUCUUCUAUGAAGGUUCUCUUCAAAAUGGAGUUAGUGCUGAAGAACGUCGUUUGCAUAAAAUUGACUUCCCUUGGCCGAGACCCGAUCGCCCAAUGUUCUUCUACGUAACACAAGGACAAGAAGAAAUCGCUGGUUCUGGAACAUCCUACUUGAACAGAACUGAAGCUGCUAAUGUGGAAAAACUCACUACACGGUUUUUGAAAGCUGGAGUGCGGCCCGAACAGAUUGGUAUCAUUACUCCGUACGAGGGUCAACGAUCAUACCUCGUUCAACACAUGCAGUAUCAAGGAAGCUUGCAUGCCAAACUUUACCAAGAGAUUGAAGUAGCUAGUGUAGACGCUUUCCAAGGGCGAGAAAAAGAUAUAAUUAUCAUGUCUUGCGUCCGUUCCAACGAGCACCAAGGGAUUGGUUUCUUGAGUGAUCCACGUCGUCUAAACGUAGCUCUAACACGCGCUAAGUACGGACUCAUAGUAGUCGGCAACCCGAAAGUGUUGAGUAAACAGCCACUGUGGAAUCAUCUGUUAGCUUUCUACAAGGAACGUCGUGUCCUAACCGAGGGCCCGCUCUCGAACCUGAAAGAGUCCGCCAUUCAAUUCGCGAAGCCAAAGAAGUUGGUGAACGCGCAAAACCCGGGCUCGCACUUCAUGUCAACGUCUAUGUUCGAUGCGCGCGAGGCGUUGGUGCCAGGCUCCGUGUACGACCGAGCGCGCGCGCUGCGUGACCCACUGGCAUACGUGGGCCCAGAGCGCGCCGCGCUGCUGCACGCGCCGGUGCCGGCCGCCGCCUUCUCCGCGCACCGCGGCCUGCGCGCGCCGCCCGCGCCCGCGCCGCGGCCCGCGCGCCGCCGCCCGCCACGCCUGAGCCAGGAGCCGCUGUCGCAGCAGCCGCCGCUGUCGCUGUCGCAGGGCGCCUCGCAGCCGGACUUCAGCCAGGAGUCGGCGGCGCCCGACUGUCCGUCGCAGCCCGACGGGCUGUUGUCGCAGGACUCCACGUACCAGGGCGGGUUCCGAGCGCGCUGCAGCCAGUACUGA